AAUUACGAGUUUCAGUCGAACAGUACACAGCGAAACAUCAAUUUUAAAGAUGAAUUCUGCAUUGCAAUUAAGCUGCCUUCUGGUUGUUCUUGGAUGUCUUUUGGGAACUGGACACUGCCAAACUGAUGCCGAAUUUACCACCAAGGCCCGACAAAUGAUCGCAAUAUUUGGCAACCCGUCGGUCGAUCAAUACACAAAGGGCCGAAAUUUGGCGGCACUGGUUGAAUUCUACGAGAGAUACUCAAACCGUCUUCAGUUGACACCUCAGGAACGGGCAAAUGCCAAUAAUAUUGUCAGGAGGUAUAGGAUGCAACAGUCUCAGCAAGUCGAUGGAGUUUCGUCCCAGGGAGGAUUCUGGUUCCUGAUACCGCUUUUUGCUCCAGCUAUUGCGGAAAUUGUGAAGGCCAUUGCAAAGGCCAUCAUAUAGAUCAUAUAUGAGAACAUGCCAGGCGCGGAUGCAGGGAUGGGAAAUGGCGAUUUUCCCCCCAAAUUAACAUGUCCUCCAUACAAAAUCAUUGAAUUUAUUCAUAUAUUCAUUAUUAUUCAUAUUUAUUCAUUAUUUAAAUAUUUCCAAAAAAUAUUUCCUUAAAAUUGUUCUUAAGAUCCACGCCUGGAGUAUACGAUCGCCUUUUGUAAA